GUGGCGGGCGGCGCGUCCAAUGGCGCGAGGGAGGCCGCGAGCGGGCUGUGUGUGGUGUGUAUGAGGGAGUGCGAGCGGAGCGAGGGAGAGAGACGCGAGCUCGCGUCGUGCCGUCGUCGUGGCUGAGGCGGCCGAGAAGGAGGCGGCGGAGGAGGUGACGCCAGGCGGGCAGCGCGGAGCGAGCGGCCCCGCGGGGCCCAAAGCAGAUUCCAUAAUGAUGAAUGGUUCCAACGUGGCAAACACAACCACGACUGCAACCACCCCUGCAAAAUCCAAGGAGGACCAGGUAGUGAAUGGGCAUGAUGAGAAGGACAGCAACCCCUUUGCUGAGUACAUGUGGAUGGAGAAUGAAGAGGACUUCAACCGACAGGUGGAAGAAGAGCUACAGGAGCAAGAAUUCCUUGACCGCUGUUUCCAGGAGAUGCUGGAUGAAGAGGACCAGGACUGGUUCAUUCCGUCCCGCGACCUGCCACAGGGCAUUGGGGAGCUUCAGCAGCAGCUGAACGGGCUCUCCGUCAGUGGCAACACCCACAGCCACGUCUCAGAAGAUAUUUUGAGCAAAAGCACCUUAAACCCUGACGCCAAGGAGUUCAUCCCCGGAGUGAAGUACUGAACUUUCUGGCAAAUUUUGCAAAGACAAUUUCUUUUGCCCUGGAUUGGGGUGGGCUGGGGUGGGGGGGCAGUGGGACCUGCAAGCAGCAGUGGGCAAGAGACUCCUGGUGGGCGAAUCUGUGGGACUCUUCGGCUACUUCAUCCCUCUUUUUCUUGCUGCGUCGGGACAUUUUGAAGCAAACUGAUGAGAAGGAACACCCACCACGGGACGGGGACAUAGCCAGAUUGGACACCUCCCUGGUUCCUUUCCCUCAUCUUUUCUCCUCUCAACAGCAACAAGCCUGGCCUGGCCGCCAGCAAGGUCUCCUGCCUGCCUCCUCACUGGGUGUGCUUUGGACAUUUUGCAGGGGCCAUGCUCCAUGGUGGGGAAAGCCCCCCCCUUCCCCAGAUCUCUUCCUCCCUCCCUCUUUGGUGGAAGUUCUCAAGCAUUGGCAGGCCAGAUCUGCCCCCAGCCAGCCAGCCAUGCAUUUCUGCUUUUCCUCCUGGCUUCAGACCCCCCCCUUCUUUGCCCUCUGUCCUCAUUCAGGCUGGGUACAAGUCCAGCAGGUGAGAUUGCUGCCACUCAGUGGGCCACAGCCUUCCAGCAGGCCUCACCCACCAUCAAACUACUUAGGGGUUGAGGGUGGGGAGUCUGAGGAUUUGAGAAGUUUGCUUGAUCCUUGUUCCCCCUCCACAUUGCAAGCGUGUGGCCUCCUCCUGCUGAUGGCCUAGGACUGUGGCCGACCUCCAGAGGAGGCAGUGAUAUCCUAGGAUAUUCACUGAGUUGCUGAGCCAUGGGGGUAAGGGGUGAUCUCCCACCAGCAACAAUCUUCUGGUUCUGCCUAUUUGUCUGUCGGCUUUCUCACAUGUCUUCUCCCUCCCCUCCCCCCCUGCCUGCUCCUAACUAAAAUACCAUAAUCAGGAGUGACAGGGUACAUCUCUCCAUCUUGCAAUCUGUUUGGUCAAUAGAAACAAAGGCUGCCCACCCCCCCAAAUGUAGGCUUUGGGCCAUUUCCUGCCCCUGUCUAGGAAGCUUUUGCAAAGGCGUUCUCUGGUCCCGGUGGAUUUCUCUCUCCUCACCAGCCGCAUUGGGCUCCCUUGGCAUCCCAGCCACUAAGAAAGGCUGUGGAAGCUACAGCGGGCCUGUGUGCAGAUAGGAAGGACAGCUGGACCAUGUGAGUGAAACUCCCCCAAAACGGCUUGCAGAAAUCAAGGCCAAGGGCUAGUUCCUGGGGUGCUUCUAAAUUGUCCCGUAUCAGCUGCAGUAAAAAAAAAAAAAAUCUGUUCGGCUCUUGCUUUCUUGCACCGGGGGGGGGGGGGAAUGAAAAUCACAGCCUCCUGCCCUUGUGACACCUAGUCCAGCCAGCACUAGCUUGCAUCUGGAAGCAAAUCCCAAAAGCAAGUGAGCUGGUGAGGGCGAGACUUGGUGUCAGGCUGAGACCCUUCACUGCCAAAGAGGGGGGCCUGCUUGCCCCUGUCCUCCUCCUGUUUAAAAUCUGGUUCCUGCUGAAUUCAUAAGGGCCCCCCUUCCCCCUGGCCCUCUAGUCUGUGACUUUUUCUUUUGCAGGGAUCCAGCCUGGAGCCUGGGCUAGCGGUGGCGGACAAAAAGCCAGCGUGCCAUGGAGCCAUUUGCAUAUUGGGACCCCAUUCCCCAAAUUAUUUCCAUGGAUUCCCAGUCUAGAGGCAUAUAAAGCAACAGCACUGUUGAGGAAUCCAUUUUGGAGAUACUUCCUUUUUUGCACCCAAUAAGGCCUUGCACAGCUAUCUGGCUUCUUGGAGCAUGUACAGAGAAAAGUAUGUUUCUACUUCCUGAGUCCCUCUUAAGCCUCCUGAGUAGAGGGACUCCACCCGCCUGGCUUCUUGGGCUUAGCUGCCCAUUUGGCCUUUCUCCUUGGGACAAGUCUUUUUUGGGCGGGGGGGGGCAGAGAGAUAAUGGACUCCAUGCUCUAUCUUGGAGACUCUCUAUCUCUCUCACUAUAUAUAUAUAUAUAUAGGAGAGAUGGGCAGGCUCUCCAGGAUCCUGAUUUCCUCUUGGCCAUGUUUCAGCCUUGCUUAGUUAAAUAAUCUGCAGGAUAAUUGGACAGAGCAGAUAUGUGGGGCCAUAGCCUCUCUCACAUACUUUUUCUUAUCUCUCUCUCUCCCCCACCCCCUUACUUUACAAUCUCUUGUUUCUUUCCAAGGAAGUCUUUGCAAUUUUGUUCUGUCCAUUUUUACAACAAUGCAUUCUUCAAUAAAUUGGUUUUGAGCUGGG